AUGGCUGACCACGUCGGAAACGGAGACGGCGCCACCGCCUCCUCUGUAAGAGUACUCCCUAGCCAUUACGUCGCUCACCGCCGCCGCGAAAUCAAACGAGGAAGAGAUCCAAGGGAAGAUAUAGACUUAAUCAGCUCUUUGCCUGAUGAGAUCCUCCAAAUUAUCCUCUCCUUCAUCUCGACCAAGUUGGCAAUCACAACUUCCGUCUUGUCCAGAAGAUGGAGACAUGUAUGGUGCGACACACCUUCCCUCUCCUUCUCCGAUAACUGUAAUCUGGACCCUAGUUCCGUAGACAAAAUCCUAUCUCGCUGCACGGCUCGCAAGAUGAUGAGCUUUCAGCUCUGUGCCAUAGGUUUCCACUAUCGUAAUUACGUUAACAGUUGGAUCGAGUUUGCUAAGUCUCGAAACGUGGAGAAUCUGUUGCUUGAAAAGCACGGUUUCGAUGAUAUUCCUGAUUCCUUCUACACCAAUUCCUCAGUCAAGCAACUUUACCUUAAGUCAGCCUAUGGUGAUGAUUUGGAUCCCAAAUGCUCCGUUCUUGAUCUCAGCAAAUCACCGCGUCUUAAAACAUUAGAAAUAGAAAGCGAAUACUGGCUUCAGGGGGUAAAGAUUGUGGCACCACAUAUCCAUUCCCUCAGACUCAGGUUUACAAUCUCUGAUUUUGCAUAUAGCCUAGUUGAUGUCUCGCCUUUAACCGAAGCUGAACUAGACGUCGACUCCGGCUCACAUGAAAAAUUAAACGUUUAUUAUAUUAAAACCAUUGUGCUAAAGAUGCUAGAGAAGUUGCAGAAUGUGGAGAAGCUUACUUUAUGUGGAAACUUUCUUAAGGCUUUAUCUCUUGCCGAUCUCCAUUGUUAUUCUUUUCCGAAGUUGAAGGUUAAAGUUUUAACGCUUGAGACAACAAUCUCUCAAGAUGUUAUUUCUGGUAUAGUAAGAUUGCUACAACACUCACCUGAGUUAAAGAAGCUCACCCUACGCACAAUGGAUUGUGACGCCAGACGGGGGUAUGUUGACAACUACUUAGAUUCGUAUAGUUGGAUUCCGAAUCAAUGCUCGGAAUCGUGGGUCUUUGGAGACAUUAAGUCUAGAGAUGUAGAGACAAAGCAUGUGGCUUUGUUCAUGGAACUUGUGCUUAAAACCACAAAGACACUAAAGAAGAUGGUGGUAAGGUUGGGACCUUAUCGUAGCGAAAGAGGUAUUAAAGAGUUGCGUCAGAUGGAUCCAAUGCUUUCCCACGACAACGACGUCUCAAUUGUGCUCAUCGCAACCAAAAGAUGGAUUAGAGAGUCGUCGUCUAAGUGGUGA